UUGGUUCAUUAUAUAUGUAACUCUUUCAAAAUAAUACAUAUUGGUCUCUUUCUCCUUAGUCCAUGCUAGCUACUCUUAUUGGCCUUCCAUUGCCCGCACCCUCUUUAUCUUCAUAAAAAAAUCACCCAUCCAUGGAGUCUACCCAAUUUUCGUGCUUUAUCGUGCCUAAGUUUCAAGCUUUCUGUUUCCUUGUCUUCUCUUUGGCGAUGGCUUUUGUAUUUCUUAUCCUGAAGUAUUUUGUUAUGAGGCCAAGAGUUUGGUGCAAGUGUGUGAUUUGCCAAGCUUAUGUUAGCUCCAGUUGGUCAGUCAAAUUCAAAAACUUGUGCGAUUGGUACACUUAUCUCCUCCAGGAUUCGCCUUCUCAAACUAUUCACGUACACGUACUCGGCAACAUAAUCACUGCUAAUCCCGAAAAUGUUGAGUACAUACUCAAAACCAGGUUUGAGAAUUAUCCCAAAGGCAAACCUUUUUCGACCAUCCUAGGGGACUUUCUCGGCCGGGGCAUAUUUAACGUUGACGGUGACUUAUGGAAAUUCCAGAGGAAAAUGGCCAGUCUUGAGCUGUGUCGAAUCUCCAUGAGAUCUUACGCCUUCGAUGUUGUCCAACACGAGAUCGAAAAUCGCCUUAUUCCUCUUUUCUCCUCCUUCGCAGCGGGUAAAGAAGAUCGCGUUCUUGAUUUUCAAGACGUUUUCCGCAGAUUUUCAUUCGAUUGUAUUUGCAGAGUAUCGUUUGGGUUGGACCCCAGGUGUCUAGAAAUAUCCCUGCCGCUUUCAGAGUUUGCUGUCUGUUUUGACCUAGCAUCCAGAUUGUCGGCGGAAAGGGCCAUGACCGCUGCACCAGUUACUUGGAAGGUCAAAAGGAUGCUGAAUAUAGGCAGCGAGAAGGAACUCCGGAAAGCCAUCCAGAUGAUCAACCUACUAGCUAAAGAAGUCAUAAGGCAACGCCGAAAAUUAGGUUUUUCCGAACACAAAGAUCUUCUCUCUCGAUUUAUGGGCAGCGUCACUGAUGAAACCUACUUAAGAGAUAUUAUAAUAAGCUUCCUCCUAGCAGGUCGCGACACAGUUGCCUCGACUUUGACAAGCUUCUUCUGGCUUGUGGCUAACCACCCGGAAGUCGAGGCUGCUAUUCAACGGGAGGCUGAUCGAGUCGUGGGGCCUAAAGAAAAGCUCACCAGCUUGGAACAACUAAGAGAGCUUCAGUAUUUGCAUGCUGCAAUCUUUGAGAGUAUGAGACUGUACCCACCCGUACAAUUCGAUUCAAAAUUUUGCCUGGAGGAUGACAUCUUCCCUGAUGGAACCGCUGUUAAGAAGGGAACACGAGUUACUUAUCAUCCUUACGCGAUGGGGCGGAUGGAAAAUAUCUGGGGUUCCGAUUGCUUAGAAUUCAAGCCCGAGAGGUGGUUGAGAGAUGGCGUCUUCUUCCAAGAAAACCCUUUCAAGUAUCCGGUGUUUCAAGCUGGACUAAGGGUCUGUCUGGGGAAAGAUAUGGCACUUGUGGAGCUCAAGAGUGUAGCAAUUUCAUUGCUGCGAGACUUUCACAUCGUUUUAGCUGAAGCCCAUCAAAGCCCGCGCUUCUCUCCUGGACUUACGGCCACUUUCCACGGUGGUUUGCCGGUAUUGGUCCGAGGAAAGAAAAGCUCCGCCAGCACCGAGUCAACUGCAGCUCAAUAAGAGUAUCAAGCUCGGGUAUUCUCUAGGUAGAUGGUGGACUCAGGACAGCUAGAUAGCUGUACCGUGAAUUUGUUGAGAAAACGAGAUUCAUCAAGCGUUGGCUGCCUUCGUCGGCUCCAAGUAUGUAUACUUGAUAUUGUCGGUGGUUUUUUAUUAUCAUGUACAUCCAUUGUGGGGAUAUGGCUGUUGUUUUUGUACUGUAGUUCUUGUACGGGUAUUUUGGUGUUUCUAGUGUAGGAUUAGCUCCUCAGUUUCUGUACACCAUGUCCCCUAUAUAUGUAUAUAUGUUUCCCGAAAUUGUGGAGGACAAAAUUGUACAUUAAUUGGUAGAACUCAUUAUUGUCAUAUCGAAGUUCGUAAAGCAUUUGAUUCCA